AUGGCCUGCGUCCAGGGGACUCGGGUACCGGGAUAUGUGCUUUCAGGUUCGGGAGCUUACACAUCAUUGGUGCUCACAGGUUUAGAAGCCGACGAGUCUGCCCUGCAGGAGCCCAGGCUGCGGCUCCUCCUGGCUGGGAGGUCAGGGACUGGGAAGAGCGCCACGGGAAACAGCAUCCUGGGCCAGAAGCGCUUCCUCUCCAGGCUGGGGGCGACGUCGGUGACCCGGACCUGCGCCGCGGGCAGCUGCAGGUGGGCCAAGUGGGUGGUGGAAAUCAUUGACACCCCAGACCUUUUCAGCUCCGAAGUCUCCCAGACAGACCCGGGCUGCGCGGAGAGAGGCCGCUGCUACCUGCUCUCGGCGCCGGGGCCCCACGCCCUGCUCCUGGUGACCCAGCUGGGCCGCUUCACGGCCCAGGACCAGCAGGCCUGGAGGGGGGUGAAGGCGCUGUUCGGGGACGGCAUCGUGACGCGCACCAUCGUGGUCUUCACCCACGAGGAGGACCUGGCUGGGGGCUCGCUGCAGCAUUACGUGCGCGACACCGGGAACCGCGCGCUCAGGGAGCUGGUGGCCGAGUGCGGGGACCGAUUCUGCGCCUUCGACAACCGAGCCGCCAGCGGGAAGCGGGAGGCGCAGGUGAUGGCGCUGAUGGGGCUGGUGGAGGAGCUGGUGACGGACCACGGCGGCGCCGCCUACACCAACGACGUGUACAGCCUGGCGCAGGCCCUGGGCGGCGCGGACCCCGCGGAGAGGCUGCGCAGGGUGGCGGAGCGAGUGGCCGUCUGCGCGCAGAGGCGGCGAGAGCGCUGGCCGCUGGCCUGGCUGUGGCGGUGGCCCAAGGCGCCGGGGACCUGGUGUAGGCUGGGCGUGUGUACCCUGCUGGGCGCCCUGGUCCUGCUAUACAUGCAGAUCUCCAGGCACCAGCCUGACGCCUUUGGUGAGAUCAGUCCUGACAGACUGUAAAUAACACUUUGACCCAUCCACUGAUAAUUACCUUCAUCCUUGGUGCUCUGCACCUUCAGUGCCCACAUCUCUCCUUUCCUCCCUCACCUCGCCUAUUCUACCAAUUUCAGAGUCCUGCCAGGUCCCAUCUCCCGCCUGAAACCUUCCUAUGAGCUCCCCCUUUCCCAAAGCCAAACAACCACAGUUAGUUUUGCCUAUUUUCUACUGACCUCAGACUGCCUUUGACUCUCUCCUGUCAUUGAACUGUCUUCACCCCUGAAAGCAGAUGAGGAGCCUUUGCCCUCUCACCCCCUGGACUCCCGGCACGACCAAGGUUAGAACCACCACAGAGCAGAGUCUGAGUACAUACUCAUUUGCUUGAAUUGAACUGAAUGAAAGAAAUAAAUGUAC